CCGAGGUGGCUCACAUGGCUGGUCGCGUGAUAAGCUUGAAAUUAAGCUGCCCCGACUUGGAGUUCAAAUGUCGCGCGGGUCAAUACGUGCUGUUGCAGUGUUUGGAUUCUUCGCUCAUAGAAUGGCAUCCUUUCACUGUUGUCAAGGUUCCUACAGAAAACCAAAGAUACUUUAUAGUUUGGAUAAGAGUUAAAGGCGAUUGGACUGACGCUCUAGAAAAACUGUUGCUUUAUACAAGACCGAAUACUUUGAAUAUAUUGGUCGACGGUCCAUUUUCAAGUCCCAUGGAAGGCGUCAGUUGGUGUGAAGUCGCCAUAUGUGUGGCUGCCGGAGUUGGAAUCACGCCUUUUGUACCGGUUUUACAUCAUAUGCUACAAAACCCACGGAGUCGAUUUCCGGGCAGAGUCCAUUUAAUAUGGAUAGUGAGAAACGAAAGCGAGCUCGCAUGGCUCGCAGAUUUAGCAAACAAAACUAUAUUACAGCUUCGAACCGCGAACCGACCAGAUCGACUACAUCUGGAGCUUUACGUAACCAAAGACAAUGUACAGACGAAAGCUCACACCGUUUCUAUCGACGAGAAAGGAAGUCUUACUCAUGUAGUGCGAGAUAAUGUUACCGAUGACGAAAAAACAAUCCUACUGACUCCGAAUAAGAGAAGUCCGUAUACUAAAGCAGAAUCCAGAAAUAGUUGUGAUGUGAUCAAAGAGUAUCCCGUGCUUGGGUGCAGGGUACUGAGAGGCAGGCCAUACUGGGACCGCGUAUUCGGUUUUUGGGUUCAUUUCUAUCCAGAACGCCAUUUGAACUUAUAUUGUUGCGGACCGAAGAAAUUAGUGAAAGCAUUAAGACACAAAUGUGGAUACACGUCUAGCACUACGAAGACCAAGUUUACUUUCGUUCAUGAAAGCUUUUCAUGAGGCAUUGUGUUUUAAUAUCAACAAUUAAAUGC